AUGGAUAUAGUAUUUUAUUUAUUUCUAAUAAUUCUUAAAGUUGGUGCUGAAAAUUUAGAAAAAGAUGAUUCGCAAGAAACUCUGGCAGUGCCUGCAACAUCACUUCCCAUUGUACUACAACUAUCUAAAUCUCUACCUGUGCGUGAUGAACUCACACAACAGACAAAUUAUCAGAGUAUUUCGAAUGACAUAGAAGUAUUUAACGACAAAUUCGGGCCACGUUUAGAAAAACAAGAUGAGGAAGCUGAAGUCGAAGCUCAAGAAGAGUCUGAAGCAGAAGUUGAACCUGAAGCAGAACCAGAAGCUGAACCAGAAGCUGAACCAGAAGCUGAACCAGAAGCCGAGCCAGAAGCUGAGCCAGAAGCUGAGCCAGAAGCGGAGCCAGUUGAAGAGGCUGAAACAGUUCCAGAACCUGAAACAAAAGAUGAGGAGCCAAAAGAAGAAGAACCCGCAGAAGGGGAGGCUCCGGAAUCAGCAGAUGAACCUAAACCGGAACCCCAACCCGAACCAGAAUCACAACCAGCUGUUGAAGAUGAAGAAGUAGCAGCUGCUGCUAAUGAAGACAUUGAUAUGCCUAACGAUGAACCAGCCAAAGAGGAGGAAGAUAAAAAAGAUGUGGAAAAUGCAUCGCCUGCAACACACGUAGAUGUUUCAACUAAAGAUGUUAAGGAACAUCAGAUUUCCUGCUUUAUUUGCACUAGCGUUGAGGAUUUAAAAUGUAAUAUGAAAGCAACACGUCAAGCUUCGUGUCCAAAAGUUAGUGAUGGUGAUUCAGGAAAGCAUAAUGGUUGUUAUACGUUAUUUAAAGCUGAUACAAAUGUAACCAUGCGUGGCUGUGUCGAUGAAUUGGCCGAAGAGGGUCUCAAAUACUGUCUGGCAAAUGAGAAAUUUUGCAAUUUAUGCUACGAAAAUGAUUGCAAUAAUAAAGUGGCACCAAACGACUCUAUUAUGCUACAGUUUAACUUGCCUACAAUGCUAUUCUUAAAUAUUUUUUCCAUAAUUAUAAUUAAAAGAUUAACAUAUUUGUCAUUAAUAUAAUUGUGACGAAGUGAUAAAAUAAUAAAUUUUAUUUAUUGUGGUAUGUCUGAUGA